AUGCUACAUCUGCGGGCUGUAUCCGCAUUCACGGCUGGCCGCAGAAACAUCUGGAGAAAUGCGCGGCUGACCUCAGAUUCGCGACGCCGGGGGCUUCUAACGCUCGCGAUCGAAACAUCCUGCGACGACACUUCCGUAGCAAUAGUCCACAAAAAUGACAAAUCCGGCGCUGCAAAGAUUCACUUUCUCGAGAAUAUCACCCCGGACCUCACAGCCUAUCAAGGCAUCCACCCUGUGCGCGCUCUCGAAUCGCACCAGCAGAAUGUCGCAAAACUAGUCAACAAAGCUCUGUCACAUCUCCCUUAUUCAUCUGCAGAAUCACAAAAUGAUCCUACAAAGAUUGUUUCGCUCGGCGACGGCAACCGCCAGAAGCCAGACUUUAUAUCUGUGACCCGAGGCCCCGGGAUGCGGUCAAAUCUGUUUGCCGGACUCGAUACGGCAAAGGGACUGGCUGUUGCAUGGCAGGUGCCGUUUGUGGGUGUCCAUCAUAUGCAGGCACACCUCUUAACGCCGAGGCUUGUUUCCGCUCUUGCUCUCUCACCGGGCUCUUCGCCCAACAAUACCGACCGGCAGAACGAAAAGGGGGAACUACAGCCAGCCUUCCCCUUCCUCUCCAUCCUCGCCUCAGGCGGACAUACCCUCCUCGUUAACUCUUCCUCCCUAACAGACCACCGCAUCCUCGCCACAACAACAGACGUUGCGCUCGGCGAAGCCCUCGACAAAGCCGCGCGCGAGAUCCUGCCUUCAUCCCUGCUCAGCACAUCCAAGAACACCAUGUAUGGCAAACUACUAGAACAAUAUGCGUUCCCCAACGGCCGCGCCGACUAUGCAGAUUAUGUCGCGCCCAAGUCCCGAGGUGACGAAAUCGCCGUCUCAAAGGUCGUCUCGAAGUACGGAUGGAGUCUCACAACGCCGUAUGCGCAGACGAGAGAGCUGGCGUUUAGUUUUGCGUUCCUUGCCACGGCAGUGAAUCAUACCCUUGCUAAAGCUAGAAAACGCGCCGGAGAAACAGGCUUAUCAGAUGAAGAGCGUGUCUUUCUAGCCCGCGAGGUCAUGCGCGUGACGUUCGAGCACCUCGCGUCACGGACUAUCAUCGCACUGGAAUCGCUGUGCCAGUGGGUUCCGCUCGUCCCAAAUAAUCCUAAUGACAAGCGGCAAAAGCCGCUCCCGAGCAGUGUCCCCGUAUCAACACUCGUCGUUUCCGGCGGUGUUGCGGCGAAUAAGUUCCUAAUGCAUGUGCUGAGGACGUGGUUGGAUGGACGGGGCUUUGGGCAUGUAGGUGUUGUGGCGCCGCCUAUUAGUCUAUGUACAGAUAAUGCGGCGAUGGUGGGCUGGGCGGGGAUUGAGAUGUUUGAGGCAGGGUGGAGGAGUGCGUUCGAGGCGAGGGCAUUGAGGAAGUGGGGGCUUGAGGAGGGUGAUGAGAGUGACGGGGGUGAAGAUGGGGGUCAAGGGAUACUGGGUGUUGGAGGGUGGCAGAGGGAGGGGAAGGAAUGA